AUGCCUGGCUUUACGUGCUGCGUGCCAGGCUGCUACAACAACUCGCACCGGGACAAGGCGUUGCACUUCUACACGUUUCCCAAGGACGCUGAGCUGCGGCGCCUUUGGCUCAAGAAUGUGUCCCGUGCCGGCGUCAGUGGGUGCUUCUCCACCUUCCAGCCCACCACGGGCCACCGUCUCUGCAGCGUUCACUUCCAGGGCGGCCGCAAAACCUACACGGUGCGGGUCCCCACCAUCUUCCCGCUGCGCGGCGUCAACGAGCGCAAAGUAGCACGCAGACCCGCGGGGGCCGCAGCCGCCCGCCGCAGGCAGCAGCAGCAGCAGCAACAGCAGCAGCAGCAACAGCAGCAACAGCAACAGCAGCAGCAGCAACAACAGCAGCAGCAGCAGCAGCAGCAGCCGUCGCCGUCCGCCUCCACUGCCCAGACCGCCCAGCUGCAGCCGAACCUGGUAUCUGCUUCUGCUGCUGUGCUCCUCACUCUUCAGGCUGCUGUGGACAGCAGCCAGGCUCCGGGAUCCGUGCCUGCGGCGCCCACCACUCCCACGGGAGAAGAUGUGAAGCCCAUUGACCUGACGGUGCAAGUGGAGUUCGCGGCCGCAGAGGGCGCAGCUGCCGCAGCCGCUGCGUCGGAGCUAGAGGCUGCUACAGCAGGGCUGGAGGCCGCCGAUUGCCACAUGGGCCCCCAGUUGGUGGUGGUCGGGGAAGAGGGCUUCCCUGAUACUGGCUCCGACCACUCGUACUCGUUGUCGUCAGGCACCACAGAGGAGGAGCUCUUGCGCAAGCUGAACGAGCAGCGGGACAUCCUGGCGCUGAUGGAGGUGAAGAUGAAGGAGAUGAAGGGCAGCAUCCGUCACCUGCGUCUCACCGAGGCCAAACUCCGUGAAGAACUACGCGAGAAGGAUCGGCUGCUGGCCAUGGCUGUCAUCCGCAAGAAGCACGGAAUGUGAACGAGCCCCCUUUCGGCCUUCGGGACUCCCAGACUCCUGCCAGCUUAGAGGGACCUGAGGCCGGCGCUGUUGAACUCCCUCAUACUCCUGGGGCACUGGUUGGUAGUACUGAGCCUUAGGGCAGCUGGACUCUUUUGCUGGUGACCAAGCACCCUCUCUUGUUUCCUCCUGAAGCAAGGUCCUGAAGUCUGGGAUCUCAGACUCUGCACUGGUGACACCAGCAAUUACGACUUUGUCUACCCCUCCCCACCUUCACUCCCCAACCCCAAGUUUAUGUUGCAGGUUCUGGUUAAGCAGAGGCUUCAGAACCACUGGACUUGAAACUUAUCCCUUAGGGAUGCAGGCGAGAUGCCCAAGGACUGUGGCUUUGGGAAGACAACUAAACCUUGAGUUUGGCCGGCAAUCAGAGACAGCUCUUCUGUGUGUAGUGAUAAGAGAUCCAAGUAACA